AUGGGCUUAUUUGGCAAAUCUCAGGAAAAGAACCCAAAAGAAAUGGUUCAAGAAUGGAGAAAUAAAUUAAGGAAGGAGAGUUAUCAGUUGGAUAGACAGGUUAGAGCAAUUCAACGGGAAGAAAUGAAACUAAAACGUUCUUUAAAAGAUGCAGUACAAAAAGGUGAUAAGGAUGUCUGUAAAAUUCUAGCAAAGGAGAUAGUACGUGCACGUAAAGCUUGCAACAAAAUUUGUAUUACCAAAACACAGAUGAACUCAAUUUCGUUGCAAAUGAAAAAUCAGUUAGCAACAAUUAGAGUUGCUGGAUCAGUCUCAAAAUCCACAGAAGUAAUGCAAGCGAUGCAAUCGUUAAUAAGGGUACCUGAAGUGGCUGCAACAAUGAGAGAGUUAUCCAAAGAAAUGAUGAAAGCUGGAAUUAUUGAAGAAAUGUUAGACGAAACUAUGGAGUCUAUUAAUGAGUCUGAAGAUGAAGAAGAUGAAGCAAAUGAGGAAAUAGACAAAAUCUUAUGUGAGGUAACUGCAGACAAAUUAGGUGUAGCACCUGCAGUUGUCACAGAUACACCAGGAUCUGUUGUGGCAUCUACAUCUGUGGAAGAAGAAGAAGAAGGUGGUGAAGAAGUAGAUGAUAAGGAACUUGAAGAAAUGAAAAUGAGACUACAGAGUCUUCGUAGUUAGGUGCAAUAUGUAAAUAAUUCCUUGGCAUUAGCUUUAAAAUUAGCUUGCACUUAUUGACCAUGGUACUUAUAUAUAUAAGA